AUGUGCGGCAUCUUCUUUUCGGUUGCAAGAUACCGUGCGAUCCUGCCUGAUUCUCAUACUGCGAUUGAGCUCAACGCGCGUGGGCCCGACAGCUACAAAGAAUUGGAUGUCAGACUUCCUUUUUCGCCGUCGGACGAUCUGCACCUGACGUUUGUCUCAUCUGUCCUAGCACUACGAGGAGAUUCGGUACGGGUCCAACCCUUACAGGAUCGUACUUCAGGAUCCAUCCUCUGCUGGAAUGGCGAGGCAUGGAAAGUGGACGGAGUCAGAGUCGAAGGAAAUGACUCGGCACAAAUCUUUGAUCUUCUCUUGCAUGCCUCUCAGUCGACUGAAAGCGGUGAAUACCAGCAGCGGAUUGCUCAAGUGCUGACAAGCAUAGCCGGGCCUUUUGCAUUUGUCUUCUAUGAUGCUACUCAUUCAACCAUCUUCUACGGCAGAGACCGGCUAGGACGCCGCUCUUUGCUCACUAGUCGUGGCGAUGAGAAUACACUGACGCUGUGUAGUCUCGGCAUUACACCUGGUGAUGUACUGUGCGAAGAGGUGUCCACUGACAAAAUCCAUUCCAUCUCUUUGGCGCACGGUCAAAUCAUGCGUGGCGAACUUCCAUGGCAAAGCAAGUCUCCUGUGAUCAACAAGGCUGUUCAAGUGGAGCUUCUCGAGUCGAUGCCGACUUCCAAAAGUGUUGAUAACUUCCUGGAGUUGUUGACUGCUGCCCUUGAACUAAGACUCUUGGACAUCCCGAAUCAUCACCGCCAGGCUAUGCCAGAUUCCACGAAAGUUGCCAUACUCUUCUCGGGAGGCUUGGACUGUACACUGCUCGCCCGCUUAGCCCAUGAUCUUCUACCCAAAUCAGAAGCUAUAGAUCUGUUGAAUGUGGCAUUUGAAAAUCCACGGUCCAUAGCUGCCAAGAACAACAUCGCAGAUUCACCCUAUGAGCUCUGCCCUGACAGGGUCACGGGCCGCUCUAGCUUCAAAGAACUUUGCGAAGUAUGCCCGGACCGAAACUGGAGAUUUGUGGCAGUUGACGUGCCUUAUACGCAGUCACAAGCUUGUAAAGCCGACAUUCAACGACUGAUGCAGCCUCACAAGACGGAGAUGGACUUAUCUAUCACCAUGGCACUGUUCUUUGCCGCAGAGGGGGCCGGGGGUUUGUCCAAAAACGCAAAAGAGCAGCAGUCAAUCACAGAACCUUAUACCUCCCAUGCUCGAGUUCUUCUUUCCGGCCUGGGUGCAGAUGAGCUAUACGCAGGAUACUCGCGACAUGCUGCAGCAUUUUCCCGGGGCGGAUUUGUCGACUUGACCGACGAACUCGAGCUAGAUUUCAAUCGGAUUGGAUCUCGCAACCUCGGUCGGGAUGACCGUGUCCUGAGUCACUGGGGUAAAGAGGUGCGUUACCCCUAUCUAGACGAAGAUUUCGUGAGGUUCUCUCUGGACCUUCCGGUGUGGGAAAAAUGUGGGUUCAGGUCGUCAAAAAGAAUCCCCAAGCAUUAUGAGGAAGCCCGCCCGGUCGAAAAGCCUGAAGAUCUUGAACCGUCGAAGAUGUUGUUGAGGUUAGCCAUGUGGAAGCUAGGCAUGCGGAGAGUUGCUUCAGAAAGGAAGAGGGCCAUUCAAUUCGGCGCCAGAACUGCAAAGAUGGAUGUUGGUAAAGGAAGGACAAAGGGGACAGACGUUCUACACUGCGACACUGAAAAGCGCCGGCAGCCAAAUGACCAGUUUCAUCCCAAGGAAAAGAAUGGAUUUCGAUGGAGCGGCUAUGAUGACAACUCACAGAUACUUCUGAGGUCUAAUAGACUUGAGCUGGAUGCAGCGGUCCCCCAGGAUGCGACUGUAACCGCCGAGUCGACCCAUGAAGGUGAACAAAAGGCAAGUCUGAGCCGCGAAAACGAGUGCAACGAUUUCGCUGUGGUUUUGAUCACUGAAUAA